AUGGCUUUCCAGAAUAAACGUGGGGGCCGAGUCCUCCUGCAGGACACCAAGAAGCCAGAGCAGGAUGAGUGGGGCAAUGGUCUAGAGGCAAUGCAGAGAGCUCUGCAGAUGGAGAAGGAUGUGAGCCAGAGUCUGCUGGAUCUGCACAAACUGGCCUCUGGCCACACGGACCCUCAUCUGUGUGACUUCCUGGAGAGGCACUACUUGGAUGAGCAAGUGAAGAUGAUCAAGAAGCUGGGAGAUCACAUCACCAACCUGAAGAGACUGGGAGCCCCUGACAAUGGCAUGGGAGAGUACCUGUUUGACAGGCUCACCCUGGGGGAGAGUGAUUGA